GUCUGCUGUGAGUGACACUGGCCCAGAGUGAGGUGGAGGGAAAUGUGGGUGAAUUGCAUUUUGAGGUCUGGAUUGCUGUUUGUCACUCUGUCUUUUGCUAUUGCCAAGUGCAAGCAAUCUUCUUUCGCCAAAAGUUGUUACCCAAGGGGAACACUGUCCCAAGCUGUUGACACGCUCUAUGUCAAGGCAUCAUGGCUAAAAGCAACAAUUCCAGAAGACCGCAUAAAAAAUAUACGAUUAUUAAAAAAGAAAACAAAAAAAUUAUUUAUGAAAAACUGCAGAUUCCGAGAACAACUUCUGUCCUUCUUCAUGGAAUAUGUUUUUGGUGAACUCCAAUUGCAAGUUUGUAAGGAAAUACACUUUGUGGAAGAAUUUCACAGCCUUAGGCAGAAAUUGAGCCGCUGUAUUUCCUGUGCUUCAUCAGCUAGAGAGAUGAAAUCCAUUACCAGGAUGAAAAGAACACUUUAUAGGAUCGGAAACAGAGGAAUCUACAAAGCUAUCAGUGAACUGGAUAUUCUUCUUUCCUGGAUUAAACAAUUCCUGGAAAGCAUUAAGUAAUGCGAGAAGUCAAGUGCAUUGAUCUGAUUGUUAUUUUGAAAUAGAAUGAGAACCACCAGAAAUAAAUUUAUAAGUGUAUUUCUUUUUUAAAAAUUUAUACAUACUGCUGACAGCAGGUUAAAUGCUUCAGAAUAGAGUAGAGGAAUUUCAUGUAAUAAAGUUUUGGA